UUUGCCCUGGGCGACAACGAUCCCGGAGAGCAAGGGACCAGGCUCCACCAUCUUCUGGUUCUUCUUCAAUUGCAACAUGGUGACGCCCACGAGCCCGAACCUGGAACUCCUAAGCGUCCGACCGUUCAGCACCUUCUUCAACCAGCCCGGCCUCAUCAGAACCAUGGAUGGCUUCCUGGGGAAGGUGUCCCUGAGCAGUGCGGCGGCGCUCGAUGCCCGGCAGGCCAAUCAAUACAUCCUGAAGCUGAAGGUGAGCUGUGGGUCCGGCGAGGAGACGGAGCAGCCGCUCUCAGUCACGGUGCUCCGAGAUGACGGUCCCCCCGUCUGUACGGGGCUCUUCGACAGCCCAGCUGGAGCCCGGGUGCAGGUGCUGGAGACGGUGGCCCCCGAGUCCCAGCUGUACACAGUGCUCCUCCGCAGGGACCUUGGAUCCUCCCAGAGGGUGAGGAUUGUCAGCCCUCAGAGUCCCCCGUACUUCCCGGGCUCAUUCACCGUGGACUCGAGGGGCCAUGUGUUGGCCCCAAAUGAGAGCUUCGUUGGCCAUGCUGGCAAGACCUUCCGGCUGCAGAUCUCCGUGACGGACGGAAAAAACCGCAGUUGUCAGGGAACGCUGACCGUGGAGGUCCUGCCCGACCCCCACAAUCGGGUCUCCUUCUGGAACCAUCCCCAGGAUUUCAACAUCUCCGAGAGCGCGAGCCCCGGGAGCAGGGUCACCCAGCUACAAGCCAAUGGCAGUAACCUGCUCUAUGACAUCAUGGCCCCGGAACACUGUCCCCUCUACUCCAUCGGACCUGAGGACGGGACUAUCCGGACGACUUCUCCCCUGGACUUGGGACGGGACCCAGGGGCUGCUGUCACCUGGCUGCAGGUGAAAGCCUAUGAACGUGCGAGGCCCGGCAACAGCGCUCGGCUCUCCAUCAGCAUCACCGUCGUGCCCACCAACCGCUGGAGUCCCCGUUGCUCCCCCGCCCUGCUCGUGACCCAGGUCCCAGAGACCAAGCCCAACGGCAGCGUCCUGAUGACCCUGUCUUGCUCCGACCCGGACUCCGGCAACGCCAGCUUCAGUUACCGGCUGCAGCCCAAUGAGACCCAACCAUACAACUUCCGUCUGCAAAACUCAGUCCUUCGGAUGAACACGACCCUGGACUACGACUCAGCCUCACCUGACUUCCAGUACACGGCUACCAUCCUGGUGACUGACAACGGUCACCCUCCCUUGACCACCCAGGUGCCGGUGAUGGUGACGGUGACACCCGUCAACGAGCAUGCCCCGAGAUGCUCCCCGCCCUUCACUUUCCUGGUGAGGGAGGAUGCUCUGCCUGGCCACCAAGUGGGCACCAUCCACGGCUUUGACACCGACUACCCGUUCAACAACAUUGACUACCGCAUCUCUGGUUCAUCCAAGCUAUUCUACCUAGAUCAUCGCAAAGGGCAGAUCUAUCUCCUGGGACCCCUGGACUACGAAACCCGAAGAUCGUACACGCUCACCAUCUCCCUGACCGACUGGGGCCAGGACCAAGACCCUACAAAGCACCUGUCGGGUUCUUGCGCAGUCACCAUCGAGGUCCAGGAUGUGAAUGACAACCCUCCAGAGUGCACCCCCCCAUACCAAGAGCUCACCAUCUAUUCCAAGCUGCGGACCAGCACAGAAGUCGGCCGGAUCGCCUGCUGGGACAGAGACGCACCUGAGCGGCAGAGAUUCUCCUACACCAUCGUGGGAGGGAACAACAAGGGAGAUUUCCACCUGUCAGCGGGCGGCCAACUCCUCACCCUCUUCCACGACUCCUCCUCUUUUCAGCCCGAUUCCCGCACUCACCAGCUUCUGAUCCGGGUGGUCGACGAUGGCCCCACGUUCCCUCGCCUCAGCACUACGGUCACCGUCCUCGUCCACGUGUUCCCCCGGGUGACCGCCGUGACCGCCACAAGCACCGUCACCCCCACAACCCCGUCGGCAAUACCCUUGCUGGUGACUGGCAUCGAGUUGUACUGGGCCCCAGAGCCCUGGUUUGUGGCAGUGCUGACGGUCACUGGGGCCCUCCUGAUAAUAACCUUGGGCUGGCUCCUCUACGCAUCCCUGAGCAGGAUGGUCCUGAGCCCCUCAACAAUUCGGAAGCCCUCCUUGCCCCUCCUGCAUCCCAGUGCCAAAGAAAAUGAAAAGACCACAGAUGGGCUGCAAAGCAAUAAGGAAGAAGCGGCUGGCAGCAUCCCGGCCCUGCAGCUGUUUGAUGGCAGAGCCCAGGACCCUGUUACAGGCAGAGACUACCUCUUCGACAGCAACACGGGUGCCCGCCACUGGAUCUGACGGAAACCUAGUCCUUUGGUCUCUCUGAGCAGCUGAGAUUAAGGCCGUUCUAAUGAAACUGCAGCUGGAUUUAAUUUGAAACAGGUAACACCCAUAAAGGGGGUCCAGCCUGCCAACCAUCUCUCUACUAUCCCCAGUCCUUUCAUCCUAUUUCCCUUCAUUUCCACCCAGUACCUUCCUUCCUUUCUCCCUCCCCCAGCGUAGCCCGGGUCGGCAGUCUCCAGAUGCGUUUAACAGUAAAAAUGAUCAAACCAAAUAAAGGUGUUACUUAUAAUGA